AGGCCACCGAUCUGGACCUGGGCAUUAAUGGACAGGUCCGCUACCGUCUGGUCAGUUACCCGGAUCUCUUUCGGAUCAGUCCAAAUGGAAGCAUCUUCACCGCUAUGCCUCUAGACCGGGAGGAGAGGGCUCAAUAUGAUCUGAUCGUGCAGGCUUCAGAUGGGGCCAAAGACCCUCGGCGAACCACCAUCACGCUCUCCAUCACUGUGCUGGAUGUGGAUGACAACAGUCCAGUCUUCUCUCCACCUGCGUAUCACGCCACACUGCCAGAAAACAGCCCAGUGGGGACUGUCAUCCUCAACAUCAGUGCACUGGACCCCGAUCUUGAUGCCAAUGUCACAUACCGCAUCAGGACCAAAGAGGCCAGAGAGCUGUUUGCGGUGAACUCUCUCACCGGAGAGCUGAAGGUGCUUCGGUCGCUGGAUUUCGAGAAACUCUUACCGAACGCAACAACGCAAACCUUUGUGGUGGAGGCUCUGGAUGGAGGAAGCGGCAAAAUGCCCCCAGGGUUGGCUUCUGUUACUGUCACUGUAUUGGACAUGAACGACUUCCCACCAGUGUUCAGUCAAACGCUGUACCGGGGAAUGGUGGCACCCAACGCUGUCAAGGGGACCAUAGUGACCGCUGUACAUGCUGAGGACCUGGACCCGCCGGGUACAGCGGCAAGUCGAGUUCACUAUAAAGCGGAUCUGGAGCAGUUUCCUUACAGCACUAGUAUCUUUGACGUGGAGGAAAACUCAGGAAAUAUUUUCACCAGGGUCAAUCUGAACGAGGAGCCCAACACUAAAUUCAGCUUGGCAGUCAUUGCCUAUGAUGACGGGGAGCCGAUGAAGUUCAAUAAGUCUCUGGUGGAGAUCACUGUCCUGCAGCUGUCCAUCAUUCCUGUGUUCACACAAGAGGAGUACAGGUUUGCUCCGGUCAGUGAGAACGCCCCAGUGGGAACGGUCGCUGGAGUCAUCUUGGCGGCUGCAAUAAACCAAACCAUCGUCUACUCUAUCAUUGAAGGAAAUGAAGGCGGUGAAUUUGUGGUGAACAAUAACACUGGAGUAAUCAGCACUGCAAAACCUCUGGACUAUGAGAGCAACAGCAGUUAUGUCCUGCGCGUGGAAGCGGACUCCAUGAGGGUGGUGUCCUCCAACCUACGAGCCCCAGCCAAAAGCAACACAGCAAAGGUCUUCAUUGAUGUGCAAGACGAGAACGAUCAUCCUCCUGUGUUCACUAAGCCCUUUUACCUCGGCGGGGUUGCAGAGGAUGCCAAGACCUUCACCUCUGUUUUACAAGUCCAGGCUCUGGAUAAGGACACAGGGAAUUACAGCGCCAUGCUGUAUAGGCUGAUUAUCCCUCCAACCACUGACGGCAAAGACGGCUUUGUUAUUGAGCCCUUCACUGGGGUAAUUAAGACAGCCAUCAUGUACAGGAACAUGCGGCGCUCCUACUUCAAGUUUGACGUGGUGGCGACGGAUAACUACGGCGAGGGACUCAGCAGCAGCGCUCAAGUGGUGGUGUCAGUGGUUAACCAGCUGGACAUGCAGGUGGUCGUAUCCAACGUGCCGCCCACAGUAGUGGAACAGAACAAGGACCGGCUCAUCGGGAUUUUAGAGCGUUACGUCCAGGACCAGAUCCCAGGAGCUAAAGUAGUUAUGGAGUCAAUUGGAGCACGUCGAUUUGGCGAUGGAUAUGAACAAGAGGACUACACCAAAUCUGACCUGAUGGUUUACGCAAUCGACCCUCUGACCAACAGAGCCCUCUCAAGACAGGAGCUCUUCAAGUUUUUAGAUGGAAAACUGCUGGACAUCAAUAAGGAGUUUCAGCCCUACCUAGGUCGUGGAGGUCGAAUUCUGGAAAUUCGCACACCGGACGUGGUGGAGAGCGUGACAAGGGCUGUUCACUCUGUGGGAUACACUGAAGGAGCUCUGCUGGCUCUGGCUGUAAUCAUCAUCCUGUGCUGUAUUCCUGCCAUCCUCAUCGUCAUCAUCACCUACAGACAAUUCAAAGAGCGUCAGGCAGAGUGUGCAAAAACAGCCCGGAUCCAAAUGGCUCUUCCCACUGGCAAAUCUGGAGGUGCUGCCACCAACAAUCUGUAUGAAGAACUCGGCGACAGCACCAUACCGAAGACUAAGAGGUGUGUUCUGAAGGAUGGUGAUCGGCAGCGUCUCAUUAGCUCAUUCGCUUCCCGUGCUAUCACUGCUCACAAGCUGUCCACCGCCAACGGAAUCCUGCUCAACAACUUUCCCAAGUCGGAGAGCAACAUUACCUUUCUUUCAGAUGACAACCCACUUACUACAACCAACCCCCUGUACCGUGAUGAUGUCACUCUUGGCAGCCCUGAGCACCAAAAUCGGAGUUACCUCUUAGACAUGUAUUCACCCAGUAUGAGAGGUCUGAGUAAGUCCAUUAUGGGAUUCCCGAAUUCAGGCUCUGGACAUUCCUGGACAUUACCUUCUCGGUUGCACAAGUGGGACGAAUCCCAGCGGAGUAGGAGGGUGGUGAUGGAUCCAGUUCAGUGGGAGCUGCAGCUGCUAAAGGCCAGCCUUAAGGACAGCAAGGAGAUGAUUGAUGGGUUUGAUGGACUUGGGGAUGAAGAUCCAGAGCCCAAAUUGACUGUAAAAGAGCAGGCACGACAGUUUGAGCAGCAGGCCUUGCAGGACGUAAAGUUGAGGCAAGGUCAGGACUCUCGUGGGUCACUCUCUUCCGAAAUUAUUCUCUCUGUUUUUGAAACCCCACACAACAGCAGACCUCCAGCGAUAAUCAUUACUCAGAGUGACUCAACACCUCCGCCCAGUCAUAAGCCCACUCCGCCAGUGCUGCGGAAGUACACCAGACUGUCUUCUUAUCCUGACUUAGAGUCUUACGAGGUCAAUGUGGAGAUCAUUCCAGACCCUCCUGAUGUACCUGCUCCACAACCACCACCACCGCCUCCACCUCCCUCCAGUCCGCCCCCACCCCCUCCUCCCUCCAGUCCUCCACCACUCCCACCUUCCUCCAGUCCUCCACCACUGCCUCCUUCCUCCAGUCCUCCACUUGUCCCUCCAUCCCCAUCAGUUCCUCCACAUCCAGCUCCUCCACCUCCUCCUCCUCUACCCCCUCCCUUAUCACCUUCCUUUUCUCGUCCCAUACCUCCUUCUCCAUUUGUCCUCCCUCCUCUACCCUCCGUCACGUCCCUCCGACCGGUGUCCUUACGGCCUGCACCACCUCCACUGCCGUCUGAGCCAGAGCCUCCCAAGAGGGAACUCAAGGGGAUCCUUAAGAACCUCCAGAACAUAGCAGACAUCGAGAAAUCUGUUGCCAAUAUGUACAGUCAAAUAGAUAAAAAGCAGCGCCCACUAGUGAUCAACCCUAAACCGCAAGUGUCUGUCGAACCAGAGGCUGGUGUAACAGAGGCGGAGCCUGCUCAAGAAGGACCACCAUCAGAGCCCAAUCCAAGCAUGAACUCAGUAGUGGAGGAGCUGGAGAAACGCUUUCCAUCUCAGUCCACUGUUCUGUGAUACUUUCCAUGUUGCUAUUACUCUCUUAGAGGCAGUUCGCACAGGAUACAUUCUAGGGGGCAGUUUACACACAACGUUUGCAGCCAAAAA